AUGAAGUUCUGGGCUGUGGCACUCACGGCCGUGGCUGCCACCUCUUCGGUCAAGGCUGCCGGCCUCCUCUCCGUCCUCAACGGCCUCAAUGACUGUCUGCAGUACUGUCUCAUUGACGCCGCCGCGAAGACCAAGUGCUCCAGCAUUGACGACCUGAGCUGUAUCUGUGGCAGUGCCUUCCAGAGCAACGCCGCCGUCUGUCUCACCUCGUACAAGAGCUGCAAGCCCAACGACCUCACGGAUGCUCUCAAGCUGCAGGCCGACCAGUGCAAGGCCCUCUCUACCUGGUCCCCGACCCCGAACCCGCCCUUCCCCCAGCAGACCGGUACCCGCCCCCCUCUCCCUCCUGUUCCCGGACUUUCGAAGUGUGCUUCCGACUGUCUCAACGAGAACGGCAUCAAGUGGAACUGCAAGGACGCCAACGAUGUUGCCUGCGUCUGCACCGACCCCUUCAUGAACACUGUCACUCCUUGUAUUCUUGGCUGUGGUGUCGAGGACACCAGCCCCUCCGAGGUCCCGACUUCGUCCGCCUCGCCGUCUGAGGUUCCUACCUCGUCCGCCACCCCCUCUGAGGUGCCCACCUCCUCUGCUUCUCCCUCCGAGGUCCCUACCUCGUCGGUUUCCCCUUCGGAGGUUCCCACCUCCUCUGCCAGCCCCUCUGAGGUCCCGACUUCGUCGGCCACGCCUUCUGAGGUCCCUACCUCCUCGGCCACCCCCACUACGUCCGACAAGCCCAGCGAGGUUCCCACCUCGUCGGGUACUCCUACUUCGUCCAACGUCCCUACCUCGUCGGCUUCUCAGUCGGCCACCCCCACCUCUGGCGGUCCUCCCGGCCCCACCUCGUCGGCCGCUCCCCCCCUCGACCUGUCCAAGCUCUCUCCCUGCGCUCUGGGCUGCAUCGUCAACGUCCUGACCGAGAAGGGCUGCAAGGGCCCUGCUGACACUGAGUGUCUCUGCCAGGCCAGCUUCACCAACGCUGCCGCCACCUGCCUGAUGGCCAAGUGCACGAACGACGACAUCCGUGCCGCGCUCGACCUGCAGAACGGCCUGUGCCCGAACAUGGGUCUUCCCAACCUCAAGCCCCUUGACGACUGCACUCUUACCUGCGUCCUGAAGACGCUGAAGAAGGCUGGCUGCUCCGGCCCCCUGGACAAGGACUGCCUCUGCCGCCUCUCCUUCACUGUCACGGCUGGUCUCUGCCUGGCCAAGGAUUGCGCGUUCGACGGCAUCGGCCAGGCCCUCGAGCUCAACAUUGACAUCUGCCGCGGCUCCGACUACUCGACCGACAAGUGCCAGGCCACGGGCAUCUGGCGCAUCACCGACCCGCGCUGUUGGUUCCGCAAGGCUGCCACUUACGACGUCAAGCAGGAGAUCAGCAACGAUCUCGGCCUCGUCCGCCGCGGCCCCGUCGCGGCGCAGUACGCCCGUCUCCUCGAGGCGAACCAGUAG